CGUGCAGUGAACGUGAUAUAAGGGUUAGGUAGUUUGAACUUGGACUAAGGAAAAUGUCGUUCAUGUCAUGAACUUGACUAAAAUACUGUUAUCCGGUUCGCGCCAUGGUGGUGAAAAAGAAAAAGGCGGCGAAGGUGGAGUCCGUCUCCCUGGACCCCGCGAAGCUGGAGGAGCUCAGAGCCUCUCUCUCUAUGGAUGGGGAUCCUGGGACCUCUCUGCUGGCUCAGAACCUGCUCAACUGCCUCUGCGUGACUGACCCAGUCCAGCAGGUCCAACUUGUUAAAAAGGCAGGCACCUUACUUGUGGAUCUGAAGGAGGAUGCAUCACCCCCAAAUCCUUUGCUCGUUGCCUGCUUGGAGACCCUGGCCAUCAUGUACACUUCCCUCCAGGCUAAAAAUCCCCUUAAGAAAGCUGUUGCCAGCACACUGUGCUCUGUGCCAGCUUGGUUGCAGGAAUCGGCUGUAGUCUGUCUGUCUGCACGUUUGUUUGAUUGUUUCUCCACCCUGGGUCCAGACCAUUACCCACACCUUACGGACUGUGUCACAUCCUGCUUAGAUGGGUUUCCCAUAGGUGAACGGUGCAUUCAAAGUCAGCUGACUGAGGUCCUGAAAUUUCUUCAGAAGGCAUUAAGUGAAUACCUUCAAAUGAACCGCAAUCUGGCUGGCUGUCAUGUUGCUCAAGCCCAACUCAUGCAGUCCUGUCUGGCUGCAGUUAAGGCCUCCAUGCUUGUGGUCCAACGAUCUCAGGAGCCAAUUAGGGCCAGUUUGUGGACAUUCCCAUCACAAUGUCCCCUUCAGGACAUACUGAUUGAGCUAUUACACUGCCACACUCAGAUCCUUAUGGAGGAGGAUUUACUCCAGGUAGUUCAAAGCACAGCGGGGAUGGCAGUUGUUGUACUCAUCCGAAUCAUGCUGGGAAAUGGAGACCGAUUGGCAGAAGUGUUGGCAGAUAUGUUGCUGUGCCCAGAAGAAGUUGAUCCCAGCACCCCCCAGUGGCUGAAGGAGAGCUGUGCAGGGCUGUAUCAGAGGAAGAGGCCAUCGGCAGUGUCCCUCUACCUGUGUCAUGGAACCUUGGCAAUGCUAACUUGGAGGGACGACUCCCUUGGAUCCCAAGGGGACAGACUACUGCUGCUUGUGCCUAGAAUGCUGAUUUCGCUGGACACCAGUGUGAAAGAGUCCAGCACGGCAAUGGUUGUGGCUCGUGUACUAACGUUGUGGAGUGGCGCUGCCUUGGAGAGGCUCCAGGGAUUAAGCUGGACUUCUACUCUGCGGGAGGCACUGCGAGGAGGGUCUGAGCUCACAACUUGCCUGCUAGAGCAUGCUCACACCCAGUGGGAGCACCCACUGGAUGGGGUACGCCAUCAGACUCGUGCGCUCUUCCAAAACCUGCUACGACUGCACCAGAUGUGCGUGGGUACCUCAGACCUUGCAUUGGACCACUUUGUGGUGGAGUUGACUCAGAGCUUGAUGGGACUGGAGUGGCACGUCCGUGGGAAAUAUGGCUCUUUGGGCUGCUUGGUGGAGCAUUUUGGGGCAAGGCACCUCUUGGCUCUGGACUCCCAGCUACCUGCACGUCUGCUCUCUCUGAUGGGUGACCAGACUCUUGCCCCCUAUGCUAGCGAUCUGUUAGAGAAGUUAUUUGUCAGCCACAAGGCGGAACUUAGUGAACGAAAGGAGAAAGUACCAGACUGGAUUGAUCAGUGGCAUCUCACUUGGAUCACGCCACUGCUGGAGGUGCUGUGUCAAGCUCAGAUGGAUGAGACCACCUAUAUUCUGGACUACUUCCUGCCCAAGCUACUACGCUGCAGUCCAUCUAGCCUGGGUCACAUGGUACAAGCUCUCCUGAAUAUGCCCAGCUGUACCAAAGGAAUCCCAGGAAGCCGGGGGGCAUUAGGGGCUCUCAUGACGUGCUUGCGGGCAGCGCGAUCUCAGGGAGUACUCUGCCCCACCACAGAUGGUCUUUGGGGAGGGAUGGUGCCUCUCUCCCUUCUUCGCCAGGCUCUGGUGCACACACAUGACCAGAUUCGGCUGGAUGCUCUGGGCUUGCUGUGUGAGAGCCACCGUAGCACAGAGUCAGUGUCUUCACAAGAAAUGGACCUAAUCCGUCACUUCUUGCCGUGGAGCCUGAAUAGCCAGUCCCCUGGAGGUAGACAGCAGACUGUAAGCCUCCUCAAAAAGCUCCUGUGGAGGAUGAAUGACAGUGCCCAGCUGAUGAGGAAAAGGCUCGGGCGAGGAAAGACAUAUGAUGGAGGCCAGGAGGACCAGAGGACACUUGAAAUGUACCAGGCAUUCCUCUGCUGGUUGUGUGAAAUGCUUUUCCAGGCUGUCUUUGCUGGAGCCUCCUACACCACCUGCUUGACAUCCCUUCAACUGCUGGGUCUGGUGGCUGAAAUUUUUACAUUCUCUGCAGAGUCCGAUGGGUUUGCCCUGGGGGAGUCUGUGAGCUGUGCCUACGCCCAAACUGUCCUGCACUGUCUUGCCAGCAACUUCUUGGAGGUCAAGCAGCUAGCCUCCACAUUGCUACGGAAGUUGCCACCUCCAGCAGUGGGGCUGGAGGGACCAGACAGGAUGCAGUUAUUGCUGAAGGUUGCUCUGGACCUCAGCUCCAGCACUAAACCUUUUGACAGUGUCACCGCUGCCCACCUGAUCAACCUCCUAGUUCAUCUGGAAGGCAUACCAGAGGCCCUAGAGCGCUGUGCUCAGGAGCAGGGUGCCUCCAUCCAGCUGCCUUCUCCAGCAGUGCUCCGGGUUUCACAGGCCUCCACAUUAGAGAGGAACACGCUUUCAGUUGUGCAGUUUCUGCUGCGAUGUCUGUGGACUGAGGUAGCCCAGGCCGAGUUGUCCCUCCUGCGGGCUGCAGCCACCUGCCCGCUCUAUGGCAGAACACACUGCAUCACUGCCUCCCUACAGCAGCUGGAUACCAGGAAUCUGUUUCUAAGGGCUGAGUGGAAACGUGUGGUUUCAGAGCUUAUAGACGUGUCCUACAGAAUGUCUGAGGUGGUAUCACCUGUGGUUCAGAGUUCCUCCCCAGAAGGGCUCAUCCCCAUGGAUACUGACUCUGAGACAUCGGCUGGCCUGCAGCGGAUCCUACAGGAAAUCCAGCCACAGGAUACCAACAAUUUCUUCACUGAGGCCCGGGAGCUGAAUGCACAGAUGAGCAGAGCAAUCGGGUCACCAGACCUUAGAUGCUCUCCCCACAAAAAUAGCACAGGUGGUAGUAGUGAGAGGUACCGUGUCACAGCCCAGAUGGUGCUGGUGUGCUGCUGGAGGAGCAUGAAGGAGGUGUGCAUGCUGUUGGGCCAGCUGUGCCAGGCCAUGCCCUUGGAGAUCCGAGAGACGCAGAAGGACGGUGUCAUCACGGAGGAACAGGUGGAAGGAGUGGGCCGGUACUUCCGAGAACAACUCCUGCAGUCCCGUCAUCGUGGGGCCUUUGAGCUGGCAUACGUGGGAUUUGUGCACCUCACUGACAUGCUCUGCAGGAGUGGAAGUCAGACACUGCAGCAGCUACCCAAACUAUGGUUGAAGGAAGUCCUUGAGCAGGUCAAAUCGAGUGACCCCUCAUCUAAGUUGUGUGCCACCCGACGCAGUGCAGGCAUACCCUUCUACAUACAGGCCCUUUUGUCUUCAGAGCCAAAGUCUUCCUCCUGCAGCCUUCUCAAAGCAACGAUGAAGGAACUGAUUGGUCUUGCAAUUCCCCCAUGCCCCCUUCCCACUGGCCACAGCACGGUACCACAGGUCCAUGCCUUGAACAUCCUCCGAGCCUUGUAUCGGGACACACGCUUGGGGGAAAAUAUUGUACCUUUUGUUUCCGAAGGCAUGCAGGCGGCAGUGCUGGGCUUCACCUCCCCAGUCUGGGCAGUACGGAACUCAUCCACCCUCCUUUUCAGCACAUUGAUCACCAGAAUCUUUGGUGUCAAAAAGGGCAAAGAUGAGCACUCCAAGAAGAACAGGAUGACUGGCCGGGAGUUCUUCACACGCUUCCCUGCUCUUUACCCCUUCCUCCUGCAGCAACUGAAAGAAGCUGCUGAAACUGUGGACAGUGACUCCGGGCAGGUGAAGUUGCACCCCAGCCUCUUCCUCCUGCUCCUGAUCCUGGGACGCCUCUAUCCCUCCCCUAUGGAUGGAUCCUCAUCCCCUCUAGGACUUGCUUCCUUCAGGCCCUUCAUCAUCAAGUGUGGCCACUCUGCAGUCUACCGGACCCGGGAGAUGGCUGCUCGGGCUCUGGUGCCCUUUGUUUUAGUGACAAAGGUUCCCUCCAUCAUCCAGACCCUGCUGAAGGAACUUCCCCUUGAAUCAGGCCCCAAAUGCCAGCAGAACCAUAUUCAUGGCACCUUGCUGCAGGUCCUGCAUUUGCUGCACUCCUAUCAGAAGGACACACACAGGCCCCAUUCAGAUGGGCAAGAAAAUGACAUUGCUAUUGUUCUGCAGCCCUAUUUGUGGCUCGCAACCAGACAGAACCCAUGUCUGGUGACCAGAGCCUCGCUGCUGGAUCUGCUGUGGACCUUGUGUGGGUCACAGCUGUGCCCAGCUGAUGGGCCUGGGCUAACAAAACUUCGGGAGGAGACUUUAGCCAUCUUGAUGGACUCUGAGCUCUUUGCAUCUGGAUCCCUGCCAGCGACGAGCCCUGGUGCCACGCAGUACUUUCUUAGUCUGGCCAGGGUGGCAACAAGUGCCAGUAUAGAGAGACCAGAACUGUGGGGUGUGGGAUCAAGGGGACCCCUGCUCCUGACCUGUCUGCUGCAAUGUCCACAGUAUGAAGUGAGGCAGUUGGUGCUAGAUGUGGCUUUGGAGGCACUGGAAAAGGAGACGGGAGACUCCUCAUCUAGUCACCAUAUCUCAUCCCUUCUCAGAAAUAUCAGCCACAUGCUCACUAGCAUGGCCCUCCACGAGACUCACCCCCCGUGUCUGGCAAAGGUGCUGUUGGUGUUGUCCAGCCUCUCUCUGACUUCAGUCCUACCCUGGAGGGAUGGAAUCAGUGUGCUGACUGAUGCAGAGGUUCUCAAGAGGCUUCUGGCUUUGGCUGAGGACUCUCCCCACAGUGUGGAGCUGCACUGUGCAGUCCUAACCCUAACCUCACAACUCAUUGUGCACUUAGCAGAAAGCGGCUUCCAGGCUGCAGGUUUGGACACAAUGGAGUUGGCCAGUCACUGGGGAACACUGGUGACCCGAUGCUGCACUGAUGAGGAGCCAGUAGAGGUGAAGCUGAUGGCAGCUGAAGUCCUUGUGAAGGCCACACCCAGUUUACUGGCUAACUCCACCCUCCCGCUAAGGUUGGUGGACACGGUGGCCUUGUGGCGGAGUCUGUUUACCCUGCUCCAAGACGAGGACCAAGAUGUGAGGGACAGGGCGUCGCGUUUUGCUACCAUGGUUCCAGCACAGCUUCUCUUGCCAGAAAACUCAGAGGUGCCCUGGACUGGUGUGUGCUCCUCUGUGGCUCUCGAACUCGGGGUAGGGCUUCUGUGCCAGCUGUUUCGGGUGUGGGGGCAAGUAUCAACUGGAGUCUUCAUCCUGGCUGACUGGCUCCUGGGAGAUGCUGCACUAGAGAGAGAGCCAGAAGAGAUGGCUAGCCUGGAUGAAGACUUCUUGUUUGAGAAAGGUGAGCUGAACCUGUGGGCGGAGCCUCUGAAGUGGGCACGGCUGCUGCACAGGCAUCUCUCCUGCCUAUUGCGUCUGCUGGGUGUAGGCGAGGUGAGCCGAGGGCAGCUGGAUGAGCUCUCAUCCCGAGCAGAGAGCCGUGCCCAGGCUACAGGUUGGUCACUCCAGGCCCUGCCACCACUGCCUCAGUUCUCCUGCACAGCCGAACAUGAGCGACUGACUGUGCUAAGUGAAAGGGCGGCGCUUACCCUGGAGGUGGUGGGCUCACUGCGUCUACUGGCCCAAGCCUGAGAAGCCACAUUGGUACCCUCAUGUGCCCCUCACCUCCCUUUAACUUUGAGUUGACCCCACUUUCUCAGUAUCUCUUGGGGCAUUUGAUGUAGUUCUGUUUUUGUGAUUCAGUCCUUACUCAUUGUUAAGAAAAUGUAUUUCUGUAACGCUUCGAGCUUUCGGUUUUAAAGGCCUUUUCAUAUGAUUGUUUUAAUUUGGUUGUAGUGAUUUUAAUAGUUUAUUUGUAAAAACAAGGGUAAAAUGAGUUCAAGUGUUUUUAUAAUUAAAAUAAAAAGCCGAUUGUAACAAAAUUCACACGGUUGUGGGCUGUUGAAUAUAAAUGCCUUCGAGUUAGAUGUCACAAUGAGAUGUGUGUGUCUGUGUGCGUGUGUGAGCGCCUGUCUGCCUUCAGUUUCUUUAGGGGCCCGGUUUACUGUCUGCAACUCUUUGUACCUCCUUCGCCGAAUAUGCAGUCCAGUUAUGCAUUAACUCUUUCCGGGUUUGUCUGUGUUCUGGCUUUUGCCACUUGCCUUAAUGAGCAAUGCACAUAGUCGCCUCAUCAACACA